GAGCACGAUAACAUAUAUAUAGUGCGUAUGUUUACCCCGUCAACCAUUGAUUUGGUAGGAAGUCUACGGAAAUGUUGUUUUUAAUGCUGGUGUUUUUCUCUAAUUUGUACUUGAACUCUGCUACAGAUCCGGAAUACUAUGUGAUUUUGUAUGGAGGGCAGGCUAACCAAGGUUUUGUUCAGUUCAUCAAUGGUUCGGAUUCCCACUUCCUAUGUUACGACGGAUGGGACGAAAGGGACGCUGCGGUGGUAUGCAGGAUGCUGGGAUAUACAAGCGACGGCGUCGCAGCUGUAUUGAACAUCACAACCUUCUUUACAGAAGAAAUGUGGUCUUACCAAUUUGACUGUGUUGGAAACGAGACCUCGCUUCGGAGCUGUCCAGUUGUAGAAGUAAACGUCACGGAAUGUGCAAAUCAGGGGGCGUCUGGUGUGAUUUGUUCAAACAAUCCAAUACCAGACGAUUUCUUCCUUCUAUCCUUUGGGACAAGCAUUGCACGACUGGAUCGCUCAUACGAGAGCCUUACACUAAUCCAAACAGACAGUACACGGAAAAUUAUCGCCAUCGAUUAUGAUCCUAUCGAGCAAUCCGUAAUUUGGACGGAUGUUAAUUUGAAACAGAUAGCAAAAUGCAACCUGAAUGGAGGACAGAAAACCAUUAUAUUUCAAUCCGGAAGUGAUUCCGUGAUGGACGGUUUAGCUGUUGAUAGCUGGUCCCGACUGAUAUUCUACACAGAUACGGGUUAUGACGAAAUCGGUGUGAUAAACGCCGACACGUUUAUACGAACUGUUCUUGUUAGUUCCUCUCUGGAGGAACCACGAAAGAUAGUCUUCGACCCCUAUACCAGGGAGAUCUUCUGGACAGACUGGGGAGCAAACGCAACUAUUGAACGAGCAAAAUAUGACGGUUCUGACAGAGAAGUCAUUGUCAACACUGGACUUAUCUGGCCGAACAGUCUAAUAUUGGAUGGAGACAUCUUGUAUUGGUGUGAUGCCAGCUUAGACAAGAUAGAGCGAAUAUACAGGAACGGUACUGGAAGAACUGAGAUAUAUUCCUCAGGGCUAGCUCACUGCUUUGACUUCCUUCUUCUUGAUGGUUACUUCUACUGCAACGAUUGGGGAUUACUAAAUAUUGUAAAACUUAGUAUGGACCGAAAUGAGACAUCACCAUACGGCCCAGGUCUCGGCAGGAGAUAUGGCAUUGCUCAUUAUCGAAAAGGAGGUAUGUAUUUUAAUUGACAUGUUCAUUGUUUGAUGUAUGUACGAAUUCUUUUGUUUAUAAACCUUUUAUUUUUUGUACAGAAACGUUUUAAUGGUAACUGUUUUGCAUUUCGACAUAUGUGAUUUUAUUGGAUUUUUCAAUUUCAUGUUUUAUUGUUUUGCGUUUGACUGUGAUGUGAAACCCAUUAAGCGGCGUUUGAUAUUGAAAUUCGGUAUAUUUUUGUAUUUUGUAUUACAUUCUUUAAAGGGUAGCAGUCAUAGUUCACUGCUAUCCUUUAAAGAAUGUAAUUGCAAUAUUGAUUUAAUGCCAUAAAACUGAUUUUGUCUUUAUUGUAUAUUGAUAAAUAUUGUCAUUCAUUCAUUUAUAAAAUGUUUUAAGUCAUGUACAACAUGUUAUGCACUUUAAUGCAUGUAUAAUUAUACUAAUAUACUAAAAUGUAUCAUGUUUAACACAUAUAUAUGUAACAUUUAUUGUGGUCAAACUGUAUGAUCUUUCCUAUGACACCUGACCAGGAAGGUAAAUACGAUUUAUACUCUUGAUUAGUUUAUAUACCUAGUUCCUGAGGACUUAAAAGAUACGUAUUUUUUUCUGUUUCUAUCACUCAUGACCUUUGACCAUACUUAUAUUUAAAGCAGAUAAUGAUAAUUUUGUUUUAUAGCUAUCUUUAUUUACAUAUAUAUAUACACACUAUACAAAGAAAAAAUCUCAACAACGUGUAAUUAGCACUUUCAUCUCAGGCAAUGAGAGUAUACAUGUUAUUCAAAAAGUUAACCUGUAAGUAAUGAUGACAUGAAGUGAUUCUUGGUGUUAUGAAUAUUAAUGAAGUGACAUUAAGUUGCGUGAUGGUUUUUUCCCUUGAUACUUUUCGUCAAUCUAAAUGGCUGUAUAUAGAAACCACUCGAGCUACUACUACACAACAUCCCUAGUGAGAUCCGCAAUUUUGAGACGCCAUCUUGGUGUUUUAAUCAUGUAAGCUGAUAAAGAAGUCGAGGAAAGACACUACUCGUUAGACUAAAAUAGUCUAAACAUUAAGUUUCCGCUUCAGAAUACGCAAUGUUUUUUUUCCAAAUGCUAGAACAAGAGAUUCGUAGAGAAUGUAAGUAAAGUAUUCCACUGGUCUUUUGCUUUAUUCAUAUAUAUAAGCGUAAGCGUGAUUACCGACAGGUUCAUCCAUUUCAUCAUUAACAUACGGGGUAACACAGGUCACGUGUCUGCAUUUAUACAGCAUAUACAUACAUGUAUUUCAUUUACAUGUCGGUAUUUCAUUGGUCUCUGAGACGCAUCGGCGGCGAUAUCGAAAUGGCGCCCAAACGAUGAAAGAGGCAUAAUUGAGGCGUGUUACUGUACAAUUGACUGGAGUUGUUUUUAUAACGACUGUUCAGGGAGCCGCAGAGCAUUAUAGGGAAAACCAGACUUUACUAUCAUCACUUUAUCAGGAUCAUAAGUAACAACCCUUCUUUUCUAUCAACUUGUUUAUAUGUAUAUUUUCUACUGUAGCAGCUAGUUCAUAUUAAUUAAUAUUUUAAUGUAACUUGUUCAUAUUUAUAUGGACUACUGAUUCAAGCAUGUUAAUGGUAUAUUUACUAGUUCAUGUUUAGAUUCUCUAUUGUGACAACUAUUUCCUGGUUUUUUUCUUUUGUGAUGACUUGAUCAUUUGUUUUAUGUUUUAACAAUGAUUUACAUGUACAUAACUUUGUAUGCAUGACUAUAAUAGAUUUCAUUACAGGCAAGUAUUUAGGAUCCGAUCACUGAUGACACGUGUUCAUGUGUAGAUGCACAGCAAUAUUUCAAUAAAAAAUAUGUUAAUAUAUAAUAUAAAUAUAUCAAUCUUUUGUAAUUCCACGAUGUAUCACUAUCAGUGAUUUAUAUAAAACGAGCAUCUAUUGCAUUCAUGUGUUAAUUGUCUGUUGUAAUGAAUUCUAGUGCAAUAUUAUAUAGGAUACUAGAAGUGUACAAAACCAGUUAUAUGAAAUGUGUCACUGUGAUUUUUAUUUACUUAGGUAUAUUACAUAAAUAUUUCUAGUAUAGAAUGACACUAGUAUAGCUCGAUAUGAUUUAGUCAAAUACCACACUUACAUGUACCUACACGUGAAUGGAUUCCCAUAAGAUUUAGGAUAAACGGGAUGCUGAGGAAAUGGGUGUUUUCACUCUGAAUACAACUAUAAGGAGUUCCAUGGACUUGCAGUAACAAGGUAAGGUACACUUUUAAUGUCAAGCAAACGCAUAACGCAUUCGUGUAUAUAUAACAAAUACCUGGUACAAAUGAGCAAGAUAUUAAAGAGGCGACGUUGUACAAAAUCUAAGAAGUAUUGGUAUACGGUUCUACAAUGGGAGUCUUCAACUCGGAGUUUAGUUAUAACAGGUACUUCCAAUUCAGUAUGCUGGACUGUAAAAAAAAGUAUAAGGAUACAUAUAGUUUGAUCAUUUCUACAAAAAAUAAUUAUACGUAUUUAAUCGAAAAAAUGGUAAUAGUAUUUUUUUCGUUUCCAAAUAUGGAGGGUUUUUAUUUGUACAGCGUGCCUCAUGACGAAACGUCAGUCAAUAUAACACUUUCCAAGGACAUGGCAGAGCGAUGGAUUUGAAUAUGGGGAAUCCUAGUUCAUGUGUACAGAAAUGUGGACCCUCUGUGCGAUGUAAUUGACCCCUUGGGUGUUGUGGUCCGUGGAUACUGCGGUCAGACGUGAGUUGUUGGUUCACUUGGCACACUUCGAGGGAGUACACCAAUUCUACAAGAGUCCAACCAGCCGUCCAGUUUACCAAACCAAGGCUCCUCCUUGAUGAAGAUAUCGAUCAAACAUUGAAAGGGUGUUAUACUGUACGCACAUAUUUUCUAAUGUGACAAUGAACGAAACAUAUAUACCCCAGGAUCAUCGGAAGAUCGUUGAAAACAUAUUUAGAUGAUUUUGAUAGUGUUUUAAAAUAAUAUAACUGUUGUAUAUACAUAUGUAUUAUGUACUAAAUCGUUAUUUUGUUGUUAUGUGCUGGUUUUUUACAUAACGUUCGGUGUUACCUCCUUGGGCAUGUCUAGAUAGCGAUAAUCCAUUGUUAUACAAACGUAUUAUAUUAGGAAUAAUGUCAUCAUGUCUAGGUUGUGACAAUAAGUCAGCACUAGAAAUAAACAAGGAAGCGUCUAUUUAACAUCGAGUAAUUCGAAUCAGAAAGCCAAGUGACCAUUUCGUCCAUUUUGGACAAAUCAGUGAUACUAAAGUUCAGAAAAAUGAAAAAACGUCUCAGAAGUGUUCCGAAAUAUCUAUAAAAAUACAUCGAAAUUUGAAAGGUUAAUAUGAAACCCUAACUAACGUUACAACUUCUGAUUACAACAAUGUUUUUUUUUUAAACUAGUUUCAAAGUAAACCGUACCAAAAUUAUUAUAAUAUUAUAAGAUAAUGAUGGCGUGUCCAGGUUGUGAUAUUUAAGUGAGAUGACAAUUAAACGCGGCCUCAUCAGUAGAUACGAGUACAUGUAUCAUCUUCAUAUCACCUAAGCUGUGCGAGGUCGUAAAACCAUAAACAAAGAAAAUAUUUGUAUAAUAUAUUUAAACAGAACUUGAAUUUGGUUUCAACAUAUUAUGUCAUUUAAUAGUUUCAAGACCGGCAAUUACCUGUACCUAAAUUUUAUGACAUUUUACUCAUUCGCGACGAUGCUAUUUUAUCUGUGAAAUAAACAGUUACACAUUUUCAUUAAACCACUCAGAAAACCUUGUAGUGGACUAGAAAUCACUAUUAACUGACCAUGGCGUGGUUACGUAAGCAUACUACAGUGCUUUGUUCGGAAGGUUGUCUCGGUACGUGUAUACAGCUGUACAGGACAACAAUAACCACUCAUUGUGUAGCUUAUCUAUCAUAAUACAUAACUGUUUCGAAAAUUGAUAAUCAGAUGGAUGUGAUAUAACAGCCAGGUCUAUGUAUGUAAUGUAUAUUUAUAUCUUAAUUGAUAUCAAAUGGGUGACAUGCAUUCUACGUCUAGGUCUAUGUGUUAUCAGUUAAUAUUUAUAUUACAAUUGACAAUCAGACUGAUAAGAUAUAAUUGUAGGUCUAUGGCUACAAAUAAACAGUUAUAUUUGAAGUGCGAGAUUGGGUGCACAUUCGCUGUUUUAAACACAAAAUGUAUUGAUAUUGAAAUAAAAAAUGUCUGGAUUGUAAAA